AAAUUAAUUAAUGACAUUUCUUUGGGCUGACAUACCAUUUGAAUGGACCUGUCUUUCCUUAAGAUAUCAUAAUGAUAUGCUUUGGUAAAAGAUAUCAUGAUGAUAGGUAUAUAUGGAGCCUUUUUUAAAUGAUACCUACAUUUGCAGCAGGUUUCUAUCAAUUGUACAAACAUCAAACAACCCCAGAUUAUUAUCAUAAAAUAAAAAAAGGCAGUUGGGAUCAGUUUAUUGUCAUGUUUUUUGUAUUCCAAAACAAUACUAUAAGGCUGUCCCCAUUCCAUUCUAUUAUUUAAUUGAUCUCACAAUUUCUAUUGUGGAGGGAACCUUUUUUGAACCAUGUAGAUUCUGGCUUUGGUUUCAUCAUAUGGUAAACCAUUUAUUCACAAAUCUAAGGUUUCUAUGAUUGUAAUCCCUGCUUUGAUUCUUAGAAAUGAAUAUGAAUGGUAAGACACAAUGAUUAUGGCUACUCAUACCUUAUUGAUGAAGUAUCCCUUCAUCUUUUUAUUUAAUAUAUUAUAUGUUGGACUAGUCUUUUAUUACAACAUUUUGCUCUAUUUCAGGUAUGUUUCCUCCUAUAUCUUAUCUAGUCCUUUAAAUCAAAAAUGGAUUAAUAGGUUUCUGGGUAAAUUCUUCCCAUUUAUCUAUUACAGCUUUAUUGUCCUCUUGGUUCAUGAUUGCAAUAAUGCCUUGCCAUUCCUAUUUUGA